UUUUCUUAUUUUACCACACAGGGAGACAGCAGAAGCUAUGGCUUACUCUCUCUCUCUCAGUCUGCUGUACCUGAGCUUGCUGUGUGGAACUGGACUGGUGUCCGCUCGAGGAUCCGAGCUGUUCGCUCCAGAUCCCAACAGAGGACCUCAUUUUAUGGGCUGCCGCUCCAGAGAGCAGGAGACCUUUCGUUGCUGGUGGAGUGCUGGGACCUUCCAGAACCUCACCGAGCCUGGAGCACUCAGGGUCUUUUACCAGACCAAAAAUGCCCUCCCUAGUGAGUGGCAGGAGUGUCCAGACUACACACGUACUGUGGAAAACGAAUGCUACUUCAACAAGACCUUCACACACAUCUGGAUUUCGUACUGCGUCCGUCUGCGCUCGGUUCCUCAGAACAUAACCUAUGAUGAGAUCUGCUUUACAGUGGAGAACAUUGUUCAUCCCGACCCACCAAUUGGGCUGAACUGGACUCUACUGAACGUGAGUCGCUCAGGGUUGUACUUUGACAUCCUUGUGCGCUGGGCUCCCCCUCCGUCCGCAGAUGUGCAGAUGGGCUGGAUGAAUCUGGCUUACCAGGUUCAGCACCGGGUCAGGAACACCUCCCAAUGGGAGAUGCUGGUCCUGGAGAGUGGCACACAGCAGUCCAUCUACGGUCUGCUCACUGACAAAGAGUAUGAAGUCCGUGUGCGCUGCAAGAUGUCAUCCUUUGACAACUUUGGCGAAUUCAGCAACAGCAUCAUUGUCCAUGUGGCACAGAUACCAAGCAAAGAAUCAACAUUCCCGACGACGUUGGUGUUGAUUUUUGGAGUUAUUGGAGUGGUGAUUCUUCUUGUCCUCCUCAUCUUCUCCCAGCAGCAGAAGUUGAUGGUAAUCUUUUUACCACCUAUUCCUGCACCUAAAAUUAAAGGUAUCGACCCAGAGCUGCUAAAGAAUGGAAAGCUUGACCAGCUCAAUUCUUUGCUGAGCAGUCAAGAUAUGUACAAGCCGGACUUCUAUCAUGAAGACCCAUGGGUGGAGUUCAUCCAGCUGGACCUUGACGACCCUGCAGAGAAGAACGAUGGCUCUGAUACACAACACCUGCUGGGCCUGUCCCGCUCGGGCUCUUCUCGCGUCCUUAAUUUCAAAAGCGACGACGAUUCGGGUCGUGCUAGCUGCUACGACCCAGAAAUCCCAGAUCCUGAGGACAUGGCUUCCCUUCUGCCUGGCCAUUCUGGACGGGGAGAGCAGCAACCGCUGGUUUCCAGAAGCAGCUCGUCUAUCCCUGACCUCGGCGUCCAGCAGACAUCAGAAGUGGUGGAGACGCCCGUUCAAACACAACCUGCUGUGCCCAGCUGGGUUAACAUGAACUUUUAUGCCCAAGUAAGUGAUUUCACACCAGCGGGAGGAGUGGUGCUCUCACCUGGACAGCUGAACGGCUCUCCAGAAAAAAAGAAAGAGGAAGAAAACGAGAAGAAGAAGAUACAAUUCCAGCUGCUUUCCGACAGAGCCCACACCUCGGAGAACACGCCCAGGCAGCUUUCCGCCGACGUGCCACCCAGCCCUGGUCCUGAGCAGGGGUACCAAUCAUUCCCAACCCUGGCUGUUGAGGAGAACCUCUGGAAUGGAGAGUACCUGGUGUCCGCCAGCGAUUCCCAAACACCGUACCUACUUCCCGAGGCUCCUCCAGUCCCCAUACUGCCACCAGUGUCAGACUAUACUGUAGUGCAGGAAGUGGACGGCGCACAGCCUCCUCCUGAAUCCUCCUUCCUCGCAGCCCACGGUCUGUUCGCACAGCCCAAACAAACACCUCCCUGCGAUGCCAACCAUGCCUAUGGGGUACCUCACCCCAGACCUUCUGGGAAACCUGACUCCAUGAAGACACUAAAGAUUGAAGACACGCAAAGUUGAUGGUCUUGUUGUACAAUCUCACUGCUGGAAACCAAAGUCGCAAGAACAACACAGGACGGAUAUAACAUUUUGUUUGGGAAUUCUGCACAUGGAUUUACUCUGCUGUACGCUAUAAAAUGGACUACCCUGAAAACGUUUCUUCUCUUUUCUGCUGUUGCAGUUGUGCUACGCUAGCUCGCCGAGAGAGUUAUAAUGCGUUAUCGAUUUACAAUCAGAAACGUCAGCUGGUUACAUGCAAAAACGAAAAUUCACUACAGAAAUAUGCUCGCUUGCUGUGUCAGAGAACCAUUUUGAAAACGUGUUUAUAUUAUUACAAAGUU